GGGGUUGUCUAGAGAGGGGAAGAGAGAUUCAAAAUCAGAGGGAGGAGUACAAUGAGUUUUUGAAAUCUUUGAGCAAUAUGAGUGCUUUCAAACAAGGGGUGGGGAGAAAGUUCGACAAGUUUGAUCUGAAUAAUUUAUCACACCAGUGUGUCAACUCCCUUUGUUCUGGAUCCAAGGGAUAUGCGUUUUAAGCUUUAAUACCAUUUGUGGCUGGACUUAUUAUGUGUGAUCAAAUAAUCCUCAGUCCGGGGAUCUUUUUUAAAGACGGAUUCUUGUUUCAUUUCUUUCAGUCAUGGAAGUAAUUCAAGCCACAAGGUCGACCAGACAACAUGCCCUUGCCCUCUAAGGGCCAGGAACAGCCCGCCUGCUGCCAGGGAUCAGGAGCACAGGCCUGUGGUGGCUGUUCUGCUGAUGAGGGGUGUCAGAGAUGAUCUGCUGCUGGACCUUGAGCGAAUUGUCACGGAGAGCGAAGAGCAUGGAGAUGAGAACACCACCCACCAGUUCACCAGCAUGUCAGAUGACCAGGAGGACCAGAGAGACUCUCCCACUGCCCAGCAUCCUGACGACAAGUCCAGGAUCGAAUUUCUCGGUUGGUCCAUGCCCUACCCAGAGGGGGUGCAGAUUCCAGACUUCCCUGACAGCGAAAGGUACUGGGACUACAUCAAGUAUGCGGAGGCAGUGGACCGUCUCAACAGGUCUUUGGCCCCUGGAAAACCCUGCAGGACAUGUGUGGAGAGACUGCAGAGGAUCUACGGCAUAGAGGCCAGACUGAGCCUGGAACUCAACACAGACGAAGAGUCGGUGCCUGACCAUCCUAGACUCAACACCAGGCCGCGGGUGGACGGCCCCGUGCCCCUGUACUACAAGAGAUCAGGCAGAACCUGGCAGGAGUCCUGUUCCUCUAGUGAAGAAACUUCCGACAUGACAGACUUGGACCUUUGGUCAGACACGUCCCGGAGGGGAGGGGAGAAGAGGGAGUGGCGUGCAUUAGAGAGCCCCCCCUGCGCCUCCGCCCCCCCACUCUCGCCAAAGAGGAUGAUGCUGACAGACUGGAGACCGACAGAGGAUGACUCCGACUAACGCCUGGCCACCGGCAGUGACUAGGGCCUUACUUACCUUUGAUUGGCAGAUUUAGUAACUGUCUUUGACAGAGUGACAUAGUGACCAGCAACGUAUUACGUUUUGACUUUUUCUUUUAUCCUUUUACCAUAUUCUACAAAUAAACAGCAUCAAAUUCCACCUUUUAAUUUUAAUGUGUAAUUUAAAGUUGUCAACUUGGGGAACU